CGCAGAUUUAAAUGCGGCUGCCGUGAGAAGGCAACACAGUCCCCUCUCGACAGCUGCGGCGCAGUUCAUAUCCCGGACACUGCAUCCGUCAUCGCCGGCCCUACAGCUGCCAGGCGCUGCUUGCUCGUUACAGACUGCAGAUGGCGCUGCUCCUGGACUCGUGGAUCGCCGAGUUGGUCGUCGUCUUAUCGGCGGCCGUGCUCGCACUCUACUUGUGGUUCUCCAGUGCCUAUAGUUACUGGAAGCGCAAGGGGGUGCCGUACGCCGAACCUACCGCCCCGUUUGGAAACUUCCGGAGAACCUUUCUAGGCCAGGAACCUGUCGGUGUGACACUGAUGAAGAUACACAACCAACUGCCAAGAGAGAGGUAUGUUGGGUUUUACGGAUUCCGUCGCCCACUUCUGCUUGUCCGUGACCCUGAGCUGAUUCGCCACAUCCUUGUGAAGGAUUUCGGGACAUUCCACGACAGAGGACUUUUCAUCGAUGACGAAGAACCUCUGAACAAACAUCUCUUUGCGUUGGGAGGAAAGAAGUGGCGCCAGCUGAGGAUCAAGUUAAGCCCUACGUUCACAUCCGGCAAACUGAAGGGCAUGUUCAAGACGAUCCAAGACUGCGGGCGUGAGAUGGCGGACGUGGUGGGGAAGAUGGUGGACCACGGGGAGUCGGUGGAGGUGAGGGAGCUGAUAGCGCGCUUCACCACUGACGUCAUCUCCUCCGUCGCCUUCGGCCAAGAGUGCAACUGCCAGCGGAACCCUGACCACGAGUUCCGACAGUGGGGACGCAAGAUCUUUGAGCCUUCUGCGCGUUCGGCCAUCGGUUUCCUUCUGAUCUUCCUCAGUCCAACGUUAAUGAACUACCUAAGGGUCAAAGGAGGAACAACAGAUGUCAGCAGAUAUUUCCAGCAGAUGGUCGCAGACACUGUCGCUUACAGAGAGAAGAACAACUACAGUAGGAAAGAUUUCAUGGACCUCCUCAUUCAGCUCAAAAACAAGGGAUAUGUCGACCCUGACAAAGGAGAGACAAUGGAGAACGGGCAUCAGAAUGGUGUUGGCACUCCUGACAAACUGUCAAUGGACGAUUUGGCAGCACAGGCAUUUGUCUUCUUCAUUGCGGGGUUCGAGACAUCAUCAACAGCGACAAGCUUUACUCUGCAUGAACUGGCGCUCAACCCAGAUGUACAGAGCAAACUACAUGAUGAAAUUGACACUGUGCUGAAGGAAAGCAAUGGUGAAAUUUCCUACGACACCAUCGGAAAAAUGACUUACCUCGACAAGGUGGUAUCUGAGUCUCUCAGGAAAUAUCCACCAGUACCAUUUCUGAACAGAGAAUGCAACCAAGACUACAAGAUUCCCGACAGUGAUGUCAUUCUGGAAAAAGGAACUCCAGUAGCGCUGUCUGUGCUGGGCCUACACUAUGAACCCAAAUAUUUCCCUGACCCUGAUCGUUUUGAUCCUGAGAGGUUCUCCGAAGAAGCCAAAGCUAGGCGGCACCCCUAUGUCUACCUGCCUUUUGGAGAGGGACCACGCAUUUGCAUUGGUAUGAGGAUGGGCCUGCUGCAAACCAAAGUGGGUCUUGUGAACUUACUGUCAAAGUACAGUGUGCAGCCUACACAGAAGACAGUAGCAAAACUUGAUUUCCAUCCUAGGUCUGGAAUCCUCAUGACCAAAAGUGGAAUCCACAUUCAGUUUGUAAAGCGUUCCUAGGAGGACAACACUGAAGAACAAUAUCAUGUCCAAAUUCACCCAUUUUAGUGUUGUUUAUAUAUCUAAGCACUAUGAUUCAUAGAUAGUCCUUACACAGUGGCUUUACUGUAUGGAAGACUAUUGUGCACAGUUGUGUUGCCCACCAAUCUUCAGUAUUGUACUUUUAACAGCACAUAUUAUGUUUAUGUACUUAUUAUAAAUAAACACAGUUUAUUUAUUUCA